AUGAUGAAUAGACGUCUGGGCAAUACUUUGCAGUGGAAUCUCGGCUUCCCGACGACUGUGCCUUCGAAUGCUGAAAUCUUCAAGAGCGCGAGGACUAACUCGACGGAGGACGUCAGACGCUUGCUGAGCGCUGGUAAGGCAAGUCCGCAAGAUACAACAAUUUUUGGUACAACAUUGCUGCAUUCAGCAUCCAGAUCGGGUAAUUUAGAGCUUGUCCGCCUGCUCAUCCGAGAAGGAGCCGACGUGAACGCUCAAGAUGAGGAUGGCGAGUCGCCGCUUCAUGGCGCUAUGGGAAGAGCUGACAACUAUGAUGUGGCGAGGACCUUGGUUGAGAAUGGCGCAGAUCUGUUGUGCAAAGCCGUUGAUGGGAAAACACCAUUUCACAACAUUUUCAACAAUACAAUAAGUUUGAUGUUGGUGAAGGACGAUUGGCUUGAAAACAUGCCGCCAGACUCCGAAGCCAUGUCUAUGACCCAUUACUUAGCAUGGAGCAGUCAAAGUACACUUAAGAUCUUUCAACGGGGCCACUCUUAUGAUGACGUCCACCUCAUGUCCCCUGACAGCUGUGGUAGGACCUGCCUGCAUUUGGCUGCAUCGCGAGGCAACCUAGAAGUGCUGUCCUACCUUGUAAGCCAAGCCUCAUCAGAAGAUGUGGAAAAGAAAGAUGUCAGCGGAAGGACGCCACUUCACUACGCUGCUGAAAGCAGUAGGGCCGGAGAAGUCAUCGACACGCUGAUGAGAAAAGGUUGCAAUAUACACGCCAAGGAUAACGCAGGGCAGAAUGGUCUGCAUUGGGCAGCGCGAAGGAACAAUCUCAAAGCAGCUGAGAAGCUAAUAACGCUCGAUGGUUGGAGAGAUCUGCUUUCAAAUGACAUGAGUGGGCGAACGCCUUCCCAGGAAGUUAGCAUGAGAAUAUCACCGGCGCUCUACAGUCUUCUAAGAGAACUAGAAACCUCCGAUGGACGGUGGACGGAGCGGUCCAGCUCCGAGGAAACCCGGCCUGGUUGCGUAAGCUCUAGUGCUGAUGACGGAUUUUCGCCUGGGCUAGAGAUCUUUGGCAUCUUGGCAAUGAUCUUCAUCAUGCUUCUUGGGGCUCCUGACUGA